UAUUCAGUUUCCACCAGUUUCAUGCUUGUCAGGAUUUACUAGGGAUGACACACCGGGGCAUCCAAUAACUAUGGCGACUAUGAGAAUAGACAGAGAAAUUUGGCGGUCAACGGUAGUGUAUUGAAGCAUUGCCAGAAAGUACAGAGGUGUUCAAGGCUAACUAUGCGAGGGGAAACACCUAAGAGAAACUGAUCGAGGUUCAACACCACAAUACGACUGCUCGAAUUCGUAACUGAGUACUCAUCUUCGUGUGUCAACAAGUGCAAGGGAUAUUUGAGUUACAGUAAGCUGGACUUUCAGUCCGCUUUCCUUUCGUAAGCAGUAACCACACAAUAUUGCUUCCGGUGAUGAAUCUCUUACAUUAAAUGCAGCGAUUCCAUAAUUAGCUCUGUACCAAGGCAAUAGAAGGUUGGCGGUACAUCCAGCGCAUCCAUGGUUGGGGCCGUAUCUCGUGUCAUAAUCUACUGCUACCGGAAUACAACGUCAUGACGUCCUUCCCCCACCAGAUUUAUACAUUUUCAGUAUUCGUAAUGAAUAUGACACGUGUUUAGGAACGAAAGACAGUGUGGUAGCCAAUAUCCUGUCUUUGCAUGCUAUCCUGAAAGUCAUAGCCACGGACUGUAUCAAGAAAUAAUCGGAGAUACAGACAUCCGGUUUAUCCCACGCACACGAAGAUGUUUUUACAAGCAUUGCUGUGUCGGAGAAAAAAACUCCUCUGCACAUAUUUUAUACUGGCCGUCUGUGGCGUUGUACUCUAUAAUUUGUUGUCUUCGGGCCAGUCAACAGCAUUUACGAAUAUUUUAAGACGCAGAAUAUUCAAACUUCGUCAACAGAGUGACAGAAUUGUAAUUAACAGCUUAUAUAACAACCAUCGGCUCCUACAAGCCGAUCAAGUGUGCGUUCAUCCUGAGCUAGAAAUUAAUCACCUUUCUAUUCGACACUUUUUUGAGGAUAGAAAACCGGUGGAAUGUUCCAAGGACAAAGACUGGGUUUACACUGAGAAUGGAACAUUUCGCAUAGACAGGGAUGCAGAAAAACUACAUGGUAAGGUGGAGUGUGAAUAUGUGCCUUUGUUCAGGGAAACCGAUUACCGCACAACCGAAGGUAAGCACAUCAUGCCAAUGCCAGAUGGAGCACCACUGGAAACAGACUUUUUCAAAGUCAGUUGUGUUGCUAAGGACAACAGCACAUAUGUCAACAUUCAUGCAGGAAUUGCUUAUAAUGCUACUGUGCAUGCGCGUUCUCCUGAGAUUCCGUUUCCGGACAGUGCUAUGGGAUAUAAUGUGCUGAUGAUUGGUUUUGACUCUGUGUCUAGAAUGACUUGGUUGAGAAAACUUCCCAAAACGCAUGCGUACAUAACCAAAGAGCUAAAUGGAAUUCUGUUGGAGGGGUACAAUAUCGUUGGCGACGGAACACCUCAGGCUCUUUUACCAAUACUGACGGGACAAACGGAGGAAGAACUUCCCGAGGCCAGAAGAUCUAAAGCUGGGGCCAAACCUGUCGACAAUCACCCUUGGAUUUGGAAAGAAUUUCAAAAACUUGGAUAUGUUACACAGUGGGCAGAAGAUGAAUCGGACAUAGCUACAUUUACGUACAGAAUGUUGGGGUUUAAGGAUCAACCAGUGGAUCAUUAUAUGAGGCCAUUUUACAUUGUUGCCGAGGGUAUGUACCGGAAGUUUAAGCGGUUCUGUUUAGGAUCUGUUCCUAGACACGUGGUCUACUUAAAUUGGGUAAAAGACACUUUCCGUAUGUAUACGAAGAAGAGAAAAUUCAUGUUUGGGUUUAUUAGCGAGUAUAGCCAUUCUGAUAACAAUAAUCUAGGGCUUAUGGAUUCGGAUGUAAAUGACUUUUUGCACUUCCUCCAAGAUGGCGGUCAUCUGGAUCACACGAUUCUGAUCAUGUUUGGUGAUCAUGGAGCCAGAUUUGAUAAGAUUAGAGAAACCGUUCAGGGGAAACUUGAGGAGAGAAUGCCUUAUUUUGUUUUCCGAUUUCCUCCAGAAUUCGAAAAAAGGUAUUCAACAGCUUUGAAAAACUUUCGCACUAAUUCUCUCAGGCUUUCGACUCCGUUCGAUAUUCAUGAGACAUUUAAAGACAUUUUGGAUUUCAGAAAUAUAGAAAAGGGCAACAUUUCUCACAGAGGAAUAAGUCUUUUUAGUGAAAUUCCCAAAGAAAGAAGUUGUGGAAUGGCAGGUAUAGAGCCACAUUGGUGUGCAUGUUUAAGCUGGGAGACUGUCAAAUAUAACGAUACAGAUGGAAAAGGUGCGGUUACUGCGACAGUUAAAUUUAUUAACUCUAUUAUAGAGCCUUUUAAAGACAAGUGUGCCCAUUUAACACUUCUGAACAUCACCCGAAUAAUUAAAUAUGUGACAAGCAAUGAUAUGCUUAAGUUUAAGAAAAGUAAAGAUGUCGACGGAAGAGUAGCCGAUUAUCAGGGAAAGUUUUGCCUACAGAAACUUUCUACCGUGACCUUCAAAACUACACCUGGCAACGGUCACUUUGAAGCUACAGUGCGACAAAACGCAGAGAAAACCAACUACACUAUCAGUGAGCAUGAAAUCAGUCGGAUCAAUAAGUACGGCACUGAUCCUGCUUGUAUUAUGGAAACUCGUCCACUUAUACGUCCAUACUGUUAUUGUAAGUCCAAAUUAACCAAUAACGGUGAAUGAUCUGGGUAAUGCAUAAUACAGCAAUUUACUUUCUUGUUCCGCGCUUGUUCAAUAACACAUCGUAAGAGAAUACCAUAUAAAGGUUGACAUCAUGUGGUGAAGUCAAAGUUUUGAGAGACGGCUGUAAUCCUUCUCUGCUGUGAUCGUGACAGGCGCAUUAUAACAAUCCAAAAUGGGCACGAUAAGGUUGGAAUCAAUCUAUCGCGCUGUGUCCAAUUGUUCUUUUAUCCCAUGACGGAUGAUGAAGGCACCCGAAAGAAAGUGUGGAAUUCAAAGAAACACACUGAUGACUUUUUAAAGUGAGUAAUAUUGAUUGUUAAUCUGAUAUAUGUCCCCAUUGUUAUUUAUUGUUAAAGACAAAGACGAAAAAAGAGUAAAUUCAGCAAUGCUAGAAUGGCCACUGAAAAAUGUGUCUGAAAACAUCAACUUAGUUUGAGUUCCAAGUCCGCGGUAGCCAUUGUAGUUGAAAUGUGACAAGGACAACGGUUAGUUAUGGUCAAGACAUUUCUUUUGUACGAGUUAAGAAAAUGACCAAUGAUACAAAGUAAUCAUUAAUACAUUUCUUUCGUAGGUGAAUGUAAAAACAGGAAAUGCAUGAGGCGGCGUGAUUGGCUAUAAAUGUCGUUAAUGUUCUUUAUUUAAAGGAUACGUAAUUAUUCCUCUGUCAUAUAGAAUUUUAGAAAUUACCGGUGUGGUUUUAAUUCUGAUCCUCUGGCGAGGGAUGACAUGAAAUUUACAUCACGAGUUUCAUAAAUUUUAUACAUGGAGCACAAAUGAUAUAUUUUGUUUAUCUCUUCAUUUUUUGAACGUAUCAUAUUCGUUGUUAACCUUUUUCAAAGUUCAUCUCUUAAGCGUUAACGUGAAGGGUUUCGCUGGGGGUCAGUUUAGGUCUUUUCUAAUUGAUACGUCAAUAUCUUGUUAGUAUUACUGCUAUAGUGGCGCAUAAAUGACCAAGUUAAUCUUUCCUAGAAGAAAACAAAAAAAUUUGGAAUACGGUGUCUCUCCAUUUUAUCACGUCAACGCGAAACGUGAACGCGAAACUUUGUGCUUUCACGGCAUGCAUAAUGGUAAAUGUGCAGCAGUUUUUCUUGGUUCCAUUCCAUGCAUUAUUGUCCUCCUACAGUUUUCAACAGAUUUUUAGGAAACUUGGCAUGUGUUUUGUGGACAAAAUGUGAGUGAGGUUUCUUGGCUUUGAGCAGUACUGAAUGAAACACAUACGGGGAUUUGUUUUACAUAUGAUGAUGAUGAUGAAGUAUAUUUAAAGGAGAGAGUGCAAACGAUUAGUAACUACUUUUAGUUAUGAACCGUUCUGGCGUUUUUCUUGAACUCCUAAAAUUCUAAUCAAUCUGCCCGAUAACAAUUUCGCGCGGUCACAUGCAUAAGCUUACAAAAUGUGUAGUCAGGUUAAUACUUGACUCCACAGGAUUGUCAACUCGGGCAUUUAACUGUAGCGCAGGUACUGGCCAUGCGAUGUAUAUGUGGCGAAUGAGCAGAAUGU